AUGACCAACUUCGUCACCAAUAUCGCCAUUGUCGGCUCCAGUGGGCACUGCGGUGGUGCCAUAACGUCCGCCAUACUGUCCGCCAAGAAGCACAAGCUCACAGCUAUCACACGCCUCGAUAGCAAGUCCGCGCUGCCGUCUGGCUUGCACGACGUCAAGAAGGUUGACUACUCCUCGCUACCGGACGUUAUAAACGCCCUACAGGGUCAAGAUGUCCUCAUCAGCUGCCUGUCACUCAACGCCGACCCAACAGUGCUUUACACCCUUAUAGACGCCGCUAUAGCCGCUGGCGUACGCUUCAUCAUGCCUAACGAAUGGGGAGGUGACAUCUCAAACGAGGCGGUCUCUCGAGAUACUUUCCUCUUGGAAAAGUUCCAGGCUGUACGCGACUAUGUGGAGAAGAAUGGCAAUGGCAAGACAUCCUGGAUCGGCUGUGCAUGUGGCUUCUGGUACGAGUUCUCUCUGGCGGGCACUGAGGCAAGAUACGGCUUCGAUUUUAAGAAGAAGGACGUCACAUUCUACAACGAUGGACAUUUGAAAAUCAACACCUCGACGUGGUCGCAAAUAGGCCGUGGCGUGGCGCAGCUGCUGUCUUUACCCAUUGAUCGAGACGCGACGACUGGCACAGGGCCAGUGAUCAGCGACUGGGCUAACAGAGCGAUCAAGAUCAGAAGCUUCAGCAUCGACCAGCACGAAAUGUUCGAGUCUGUGCUGCGAGCUACAGGAGACAAGCCUGAGGACUGGACGGUUGACCACGAGGACGUGGUAGAGAGAUACAACCGGGGAAGGCAGCUGAUGCAGCAGGGCCAGCGUAUGCUUGGCUUCUGCACGUGUCUUUACUCCAGGAACUUUUAUCCUGAUGCUCUUGGUACGAAAUUCGACAACGAGCUCCUGGGGCUGCCGGAGGAAGAUCUCGAUACUGCCACGAAGACGGCAGUGGGAAUGGCGGCAAGAGGCGAGCACAAUGCACACUGGUAG